AUGGCUGAUGUUUUCAGAAGUCUGAACCUCAUUGAGACCCUAAAAGAGUCCAUAGACCACAAUAAGUUAUCAGAGGUCAAAGAUGCAUUAGAAGACCUCCUGAUCAGCAGGAUCAACCUCGCUUUGAUUGGGGACCGUGGGGAUGAAAAAACCUCCUUCAUAAACUCGCUCAAUGGCCUCAGCUUCGGGGACGAUGGAGCAGCUCCCUCUGCGACACCUGUUGCACCGGAGGAAGUGGCAUGCUACCCUAACCCCAAACACCCUGACUUUCGUCUGUGGGAUCUGCCACCUCUCCCAUCCACCUCUCCGUUUGAACCAGAGGGAUACAUGAACGCAGUGAAGUUUCCCCGCUACAAUGCCGUCUUUAUAUCAUCCACACAGACGCCCCAAACCAACAGUGUGAGAUUGUUCCUUGAGGCCCAGUCGCUGCAGCAACAAACAGUGUAUUUUAUUCUCUUUGCUUCAGAAAAAAUUACAGAAAAAAGCCUAGAAGAAAUACGGAAAAGCAGUCUGGAAGUGCUGAGAUCACAGGGUGUGAAAAUGCCUAAAUUCUAUGUGGUACGACCCUCCGCCCUGGAGAAGUUUGACUUUCCUGGCUUGUUGCAGGACAUGGAAAGAGACCUUCCUGAGAUCCGAGCCCACGCGGUGCUCUUGGCUCUCCCAACACUUACCUCCAGCCUGGUCACACAGAAAAAGGAUGCAUUUAAAGCACUAGUAUGGGCAGCUGCCUCGCUAUCUGGUGGGGUGUCGGCUAUUCCUGUUCCCUUUGUGGCCUCCAUGGUGGACUCAAGUGUAGCAGUACGGAUUCUAACCAAAGCACAAUUAUCUCUGUGUCUAGACGAUGAAUCUGUGGAACGACUGGCCCGUCAGCGAGGCAUGGAGCCCACAAGACUUAAAGGGAUGCGAACUUGUGCACUGUCAGUCGAGGUCACUAAGGGCGAGGUUCAACAGCGCCUGGCGAAGGCACAAAACGACUUGGCCACAGUUUCUUUAAAGCUGGUUGAGAUGGCGUUACCUAGACAUGCUGGUUCAGCCAGCCGCUCCUUUGCUGCCAUGCAGCAAGCCUUAAACUGCGCCAUCGAUGAAAUGGCGGCUGAUGCUGAGAAGAUAGUGUCUGAGGCUCUUGGGGAGGGGAAGUGA